CCAAAUGACUUAAGUCAACUCAAUGAUGAAUAAACAAUGUUUAGCCCUGAGAUAAACUUAAUUGACGUGACAAAUGACUUACGCCGACGACGCAGACGCAAAAGACAAGCGCCAUCCUCACCAAGAAGUCGUCUUCAAGACAACGCGACGCCUUGGCAUGGCAAAAUGGCCUUUGCGAUAUCGCGACCCACAAAUCAUCAUCACCAUCAUCCUAACCCUCAUGGUCCCACCCAUCCUCAAUCAGUAGUGCAUAAAUUUCACGUGAGCAGUUUUAAUUAUCAACCUGGGAAGCAGGAUGAUUUCCAGCCUUUUAUACCUGCGUAUCAGCAGACAUCUCAGGGUCAACCAGGUCAACAUGGGUCACAUAACCCUCAAAGGGUUAAACCUGUGGGUGGUCUUCCCAAAAAGUUGAAAAAUGAAAAUUUUGCGUUUUUUAACAUUCAGUAUGUGCCUAAGGGAUUGACCACAACUACUUUGAAAUAUCCUCAGUAUUUCAAUGCUCCUCAUGUGGGUGGUAAACAACAGUCACCUUCACCCUUUGGUUUAACAAAUUUAAAGGAACCCCCGGGUGGUUCUAGUAGCUUCAGCCAUUUUGGGACAUUUGAUGUGUUUAAUAAGAAAGAAACUGAAGCGAUAACCAAAAAAUACCGAAAUGACCUUCAUCAAGGUGACCCGCAUAAAAUAACCCCCAGACCUCAGGAUAUCAAAUUAAACUCAACCCAAGUGAAACCAGAGUUUUUAUCACCUCCGAAAUUGAAUCUCGAAGAGGUCCUAGAAAGGAUCCGUGAGAAUCAACGAGCAAAAGUGAAUCAGACUGUUGUAACACACUACACGACCUCGCGACCGUUACGCGUUGGUAACCUUAAUGACGAAUACUACUAUUACGACUACGAGGACGAUGACGAUGUUGACGCAGACGAUGACAAAAAGGUCACAUCUGCAUAUUCUAGUCACAAAAAUCAAUCAACAUCCAAUCAUCCCGAAAAUUCCAGUGGGGAGGUUUAGCUGAUGAUGAAGAAUAUUACUACGAAGAGUAUGAUUACCCCGAGACCACACCUUCAAUCUCCCCUGAAGAGAAAUCAAAAUGGGAGACGAAAUAUUCAUCAAGAUAUAAUGAAAAACUUCAGAAUAUUACUAUGACCACACAACCUCCCAAACAGUUUAUUAAGCUGCAUAAUCAUAAAAUGACCACUGGUAUUCCCAUAACCACCAUACCACCAACUAAACCACCGAAAAAUAAA